AUGCACUGGCUCAAUUUCCCGAACGGAAAAGAGUUAGAUAAACCAGAAUGCUUUGGUUUACAAGAUAUCAAUAUCAACUCCAGAUGGAUUGCAACUAGUAGUAAAAACCUGUCAUCAAAUCUUAGAGCAUGUGAUAUUGAUUGUAAUAUUGAAUCUGAUCCGUUAUUUGAAGAAGGUAUAAAAAAAGCAGACCUAGUGAUUAUCUAUUUCCACGGUCAAAUAGGUAUGAUAGGGAAAGAAAAUAGAGUCAACACUUAUAAAGCUCUUCGGGUAGCAAUUCCAACAGCUGACAUUAUAACGAUCGAUUAUCAUGGGUUUCCUAGUGAAGAUGGAGUUUUGAUUGAUGCAAGAGCAACUUGGGAUUGGGUUGUAGAAAGAUUCCCAGAAAAUAAAAUAUUAAUAUAUGGUCAUUCCUUAGGUUCUGGGGUUGCGAUACGUUUGGCUCGACAACUUCACGAAGAAGGAAUUAGACCAUUAUCACUUAUUCUUGAAUCGCCUUUUACAUCAAUUCCUGAUUUGGUAACUUCUUUUAGAAGAAUACCUUUUAUGAAACCAUUUGUUAGUUUUCCAGAAUUUAUAGAAUAUUUUAAGAAUAGUAUUGUCCAUAAAUUUAAUAAUUUAGAACAUGUAAAACAUAUAAAUGAGUUGCCUGUAUUUAUUAUUCAUGCUCAUAAAGAUUUGGAUAUUCCAUUAUCGAAUUCACGAGAAUUAUUUAAUCAAAUCGUUGCAUCACGACAACGACAAAACAAUCAUAUUGAACAUACAUUCACAAAUUUUGCACGUGAAGGAAUUUUGUAUAUGCAAACUGAUUUGAAAACAUGGUACCUACAACCAUUUUAUGCGGCUCAUAACAAUGCACAUGGUUGGGAAUUUGUUAGUGAACAGGUUAAAGAUUUCUUGGAAUUAAAUUCUAUGAGUGCUAGUAGCAGUAAUAAUGGUGGUAAUGGAGAUCAUGAAAAGAGAGAUGCUUGGGAACUUAUCGAUUAA